UAGUACAGUUAACCCUUGAGCAGCACAGGUUUGAACUGCACAGGUCCACUUAAGCGUGGAUUUUUUUUGAUACAGUGCUAUAAAUGUAUUUCCCUUAUGAUUUUAUUUUCUUUCUUUUUUUAAAAAAAGUAAUCUCUACCCCCAGUGUGAGGUUCAAAUUCAUAACCCUGAGAUCAAGAGUCACACAUUGCACCAACAGAGCCAGCCAGGCACUCCCGUUUUUUUUUCCUUCCUUAGGAUUUUCUUAAUAGUAUUUUCUUUUCUCUAGCUUACUUCGUUGUAAGAAUACAGCAUCUUGCACAUAUGCCAUUCACAAUGUGUAUUACUCGAUUGUUUCUGUAAUUGGUAAGGCUUCCAGUCCACAGUAGGCUAUUAGUAGUUAAAUUUGGGGGGAGUCACAAGUUAUAUGUGGAUUUUCAACCAUACAGUGGUGGGAGGGGGUUAGUGCCCCUCACUCCUGUACUGUUGAAGAGUCAACUGUGUACAGAAACUCUUUGAAACUUGUAAACACAGUAAACAAACGCAAGCUGUUGUGUCAGUUCUCUCCCCAAAGCACACUUAACCCUAUCAAUUGAACUGAAGGCCGGGAAUGCUAGCACCAUGCAAAAUCCAAAUCCGUAUUUUGCUCCCUCUGUAUGAAAAUGUUCUCUUUCGCCCUCUAAGGUUUCCAGGGCUAUCAUGACGGUCACUGUGGUACACGAUAACUCUGAGGCGACAGAGCUCUGUGCAGCUCAGCACCUCUACCUCAAGCCCAUAGCAAAAUUGAUGAUCAAGGUCUUGCUCCCAGAGAGCUCAGAACCUAUGAGGCCCUUUUCCAACUGGGAAGUUCUUGACCAGCUGAAGAGCCUGAUUUGCCCUGACCAGUUCACCACAGUUCGGCUCUCCAAGAGUACGAAGGACUUCAUCCGAUUUGAGGGUGAGGCUGAAACGCGCAGUUUGGUUCAGAUUUUGAAGGCCAAGUUACACGGGAAGAUCAUCAAGCUGAAUGGUUUGAAAACAGACUUAAAAGUGGUGGCUACUGAUGCCCAGGGGGAGUGGGAGCGCUUCCCCAGGGAAAAGGAGGCCUCAGCAAGUGAGGGGGCCGAAGAGCAGGACCAGGAUAAGAGCCCAGAUUCUAUCUAUUUCGAAGGCUUGCCCUGCAAAUGGUUUGCACCUAAAGGUUCCAGCGGGGAGAAGCCAUGUGAAGAUAUCCUUCGGGUGGUCUUUGAAAGCUUUGGGAAGAUCAAAAAUGUGGAUAUCCCUAUGCUUGACCCCUACAGAGAAGUGAUGACUGGUGGGAACUUUGGGGGUUUCAGCUUUGGCUUGCAGACAUUCGAGGCCUUUAUACAGUACCAGGAGUCAACAGACUUCAUAAAAGCCAUGGAGUCCCUUCGAGGGAUGAAGUUGAUGCUUAAAGGAGAUGAUGGGAAAGCUCUGGCCUGUAACAUCAAGGUUAUGUUUGAUACAACCAAACAUUUCAGCGAAGGGGCAAUAAGGAGGAGAAAUCAAGAAAGGCUAAAGUUACAAGAGCUGGAGGAAGAAAGGAAAAAAGUAAAGAGAGAUGAGGAAGAGGCUGCAAGAAAAAGAAAGGAGGAGGAGAGGAAAGCCCGGGAGAAGAGGAAGAAGGCCAGGGUCAGGAGACGGGGCCCGAAGGAAAGAGACAGGCACCGCCACAGGAAACAGAAGGCCAGAGCCACAGCCCACGGUGUCCGGGAGCCCUACUCUUCAGAGGAGUGGGAGGAGAGGAAGUACCUGCUGGCUCAGAGGGGGGUGGAGGCUCUCCGGUUGCUACGGGUACUCUUGAGGAAAAUUGCAGGAUCCACACAGUUUAACCCACAGGGGGUAGAUGAUGCAAGCCCCAAAGUGAAUCAUGCUCCAGAGAACACAUUGGAAACUCUGAAGAAAGAAGAGUUAAAUACUCAGUAUCUUCAAAAUCAGGAGGAAAUGCCAAAAUAUCAGGUUGCCAAGUCAGACAAUAAACGAAAACAAAAAAUGAAGAAAAGAACCAGGGCUCACUUACGUAAAUCUUCCCACCACCUCGGGAGAAAAAAAAUAAGGUAUUCAACUAGAAAAGAGAGAACUGGAAAAUUAUUAACUGAUGGAUACAAUCACAGUGUUGUCUCUGACCAGAAUUCUUUGCAGAAUGAGAUGAUUCAAGGUCAGUCUUCUGAGAAAGAAGACCACCAUGAUUCUAAUAAAUCUGAUUCUUCCAGAUUAUCUGAGGUAGACCAUGGCAGGAAACAGAAGAUCUAUGAAACAGAUGAAUUUAUUGAUUACCUAUUAAACUAUUAUCAAACUCCCAAGUAUGCCCGUACCUGCCUAGAACCGAGUCACGUAGCAAGCCCAUGUCAGUGGCAGAGGGCUGUCCAUGCUAAGGGAAAUGGAUUUCAAAUUAAUUUGAGGAAACGUAAGCAUCACUCCACCAGUCUGAGCCAAAUGCAAAACCUGGCAACAAGAGAACGGGUUCAAGAAGAUGACUACCAGUCAGAGAUCUAUACUCAGGAUCCUGAGCAUAAACCACAAAAGAAAGGAAAAGUGGAUUAUGCCAAAGAAAGUACUGAGGAGUUAAAUCAUUGCCAGGACACAGCCAGUGAAGCUGGUGAUCACCUGUCCCCAGCUGGUGGAAAGAGCCAUCUGUUGGAAAAGAUGCAUGCUUACCAGGUCAAAGAUUCCAAAUCCGCAAGUCAAAGCCAAGUUUCCUCACCCAGUAGGUCAGCAGACUUAGAUUUGGAGUUGACAGAUUUCUUAGAGGAAAUCAGUAGUGAUUCUGAAUGCUUCAGUGAAACUCUUAGCAUAAACAAAGAAGAAAAAGAGAGGUCUGUGGCCACAUAUGAGAGCUCCCCAGAAAAACAAUCUCUUGAUGAUGAUGAGACCACCACUAGUGAUCGAGAAAUUAGGUCAAGUCCGCAGACCUUGUAUUCAAAGUGGAACUGUGAUGGGGAGGACAGCUCCUCUAAAUCCAAGCUAAGGAAACCAGGCAAGAGGUCUAAGUAUGAACUGAGAUGUUCAUGGCUUGAGGGUGAAAACAAUUCCAUUAGAAGUGAGAAGAGCAACAGCAAAAGGUGGGAAACACAAGACCCCAAAUACUUGUUUGACGAAGGCCACUACCACGAAUCCGAUUCUAACAGUCUGUUAGACCGCAUCACAAGGAAGAGGAGGAGGUUUGGAGAUAGCACAUUUGGCCAGCAAGUCAACUACCGGCCCAUUCAUGUGCCAAUAGCAUCAUCGAAAAGUGCUCAUGUUUUCUAUUUGGGGGAUUUGCCCCAAAGAAGAGAGACUCCAUGGAAGUCAGAAUAUAACCAGGAGACAAGAAGGUUUAAAAGACACGAGCACUCUAAAGAUUUCAUGCCGAAUUCUGAUAAUUAUUAUAUUAAACGUAACAGUCAGGAGCACAUCGACUACAGAAGCUAUUUAGGAAGCAGCUACACCAGUUCUCUAUAUUUUCAAAUGUUUUGAAGGUCUCUUAGAUCAGAAGCACCCUUAUUCUCUGUAAACAAUGUGCAAGAAGAAAAUUUAAAACCAAAUAUAUAUAUAGCUAUGUAGUUAGCAACUACAGAGCAGAAGCGUGGCACUUAAAAGCUUGAGAAAAGUCAAAUGCAAAACCCUGUUCCUCUCGCCAAAGUAUAAAGCAUAAAUGACUGCAGAUGUGUUGGCAAACUUUGGGAAUAAGAAACAUCCAGGUUCCAAAGGAUGGUAAAACAAGGUGCCUGCAAAACUUCUUGAUCCAAGGACAGACAUUUCUACAGUUCAGCUGCAAUCUGAACUCAGUGCCAGUGAGGAAGCAUAUGAGCACUGAGAGGGGUUGAUAGUCCUUGGUGGCUCCCUAGCUGUUAGAACAUCACCAUUUAGCAUCAUUUACCUUCAAAGGGGACAGUGGUGAAUGAAAUAGCAUCCUUUGACACGUUCUUGGAUUUGGUCAGAAACACCAUGUGCAGCCACCAAACAUUCCUGACUUUGAUCUAGAAAUAACUGCAGGUAAAAGAAGAGAGGACAGCUAGAACAUAUCACAGACUUCUUCAUGACACUGGAAGGUUCUGUGACCAUGCACCAGAAGACAAUUCACCUUAUCACAGUACUCAAAGAGUUGACCUUUGAGAAAUGAAACUUGGAAGAAUCCACAAAAAGGGGCUCGGAUUGUCCUUUGAGGCUUAAACGGAUGGCGGACCAUUCGCAGAGCUGUUUUUUUUUUUUCUUUUUGAAGAACCCCAUAUCAUUCCAUCCUAGAAAAGCAAGAGAAUCGAAGUAAAAUAACCAGUGGGAUUUGCAAAAGGAAAUAUGGAAAGAUCCCAGGGUACCAAUAACGGCACUUGGGAAGAUAGGACAUGGCAAUAUUCCAUUUCAGGUUAUGUAAUCCUUUCACUCAGGGUUGGGUGACAUCAGUUCGUAAAAAGCCACUGACUAUCCCCAAACUGACUUUUAUAAAACACUAACAAGUGCCUCCUCAAUCCUCAAUAAUGCCAUGGAGUUAGGAGGAGUCAAGGGCGGAGCCCUAGUUUUCUAGCUGGGGAAAAUGCUAUGUGUGCAGGAUUUGUAAACUCUUAACAGAAACAAUUUAUCUUUUUACCUACUGGUUUUGGACUUCUUGAAUAUGUUUUUAAAUUGAGAUAUUUUAUAGAUUCGUAAAGACUUACAUCUUAACGCAGUGCAUGUUCUAUUGAAAGCUCGGCUGAUUCAUUCUGCCUUACAUAGGAUUUAGGGCCUCAGGGGCAGUAGAUGACGUCUUUUUUUUCCCCCAACAAAGCUAUACCGGAUUCGGCAGUGGAAGACAUCAAUGAGAUCUGACUGGCUGCAGCAGGAAAAGGAGAUUUUCAUUCACAGCAGCAGUGGAAGGCAACAUUUUCAGAGGACGUGAUUCAUUUCAGUCUUAACUGGAUAUUCCAUAGGAAAGUACCAACUGGUAGGGCCAAGGUAGGACGCCAGUCAGUGCAGUUGCCCUGAAUGAGGAGGCACGCUCUGUGCUCAUAACUGGCCCCUUGAGCAACCUGAUCCCUGAAGGGGCUACAAGGGCUUCUCAUUUACCUGAAGUAAGAACCAUGCAUCAUUUCAUUGAUCUCUUCUAAUCACAGUUAGUAGAGAUAUGCUAGUUCGUGCAAAAGCUCAAAAAUGAAUGUAACAUAGCAGGUCGUGCUUAUUAUUAAUGAGAUGAUAACCAACGAAUGAUUUGUUGGCUCCCGUGUAUUCAGUUCCUCUUUCAAACUAGUGACUCUGCCAUCAAAACUUGGUUUGGCUGGUCAGCUCUGAAAAAUCGCUCAUGGGGUGAGUGCCUUUUCUCCUGAGGACUAGCAAGGGACUACUCAUGUUUAAAGUACUGUCAUCUAGAGUAGCCUUUUCAAGGGCUAAGAGCUCGCAUUUUGUCAGACAACUUUUGGUACCUAGGUAUUUUUCCCUCCACUGAGACCCUGCCUCCUUAUUUUUUCAUGUUUCAUGCCACUGAAACGAAGAACAUUCUGGGUUUGUAAUGGAAAGCACUUCUGCUUGUUUUGAAAACAAGUCUUCAUUUCUUCUUCAUUAGAUAAUUUUCUUUGCAGAGAUUUUUAGGCAUGAAAACAAUUUGCUGCUCAGUAACCAGACAUGAAAAAUAAAUUGCAGAAGACAGCAUGUGCAAUUUUGGGGGGGGGGUAAUAAUAGAACUGGUGCUAAGUCACUUCUAUAUAAUUGUCUGGUUUUGUUUGCUAAAUACCAUCCUGGGACCUAGAUGUAAGUAAAAAUACUCGUUUCAUGUUUACUUUCAGUACAACCUUGGAUUUUUAUAUGUCUUGUGGUAAUGCAUUUUAGAUUUGAAUAAACCUUUUUUGUGUGUGUGUAUGUAGGCCUUAAAUGAGGAAGAGAAGAAUUUAUCCUGUCCUUUUCAAUGGAAUGAAUGGCUUAGUAAGGAAUGAAUAGAACAGAAAAUAUCGUAAUCACUUUCUAUUAAUCAACAUUGCUCUUUGUUGUGCUGUUAAGUGGUGCAAAAAUAUUUUCUCAUAUCUUUUUUCUAUGACCUAUUAAGUAAGGGCCUGAACUUCAAACUGUCUUUUUAAAUAGGUGUUUUCAUGUUUUCUUUCCCUUGUAUGUGCUGCUGCUGAUAGUGCUUUAAGAAAACUAAAAAUCUGUCCAUGUCUUUUUGUUCCAUUUGUUUGAAUUUCUCAGGUAGAAAGCCACAUAACCUGGUAAUUUUCAAAGUAAGAACCAAAUAAAUGUAUUUUUGUUUGUUGCGAGACUGUUUAAAAUGUUUUAAAUAAAUGCUAAUAAUUCCACAGGGGUGGGGGUGAGUUUCUACUUAUAGUAUGCUGCUUUGCACUACUG